AGGAACAUCGCGCGCGGCGAGCACCUCACACUCGCCUACCUGCACAACUUCCUGCUGGGCUCAGUCAAGCGGCGCGCCCAGACGCUGGCCUGGAACUUCCUGUGCCAGUGCGAGCUUUGCCGCGACCCCAGUCAGCGGGGGCUGCACCUGGAGGCCUGGUGCUGUGCAGCGUGCAGCGGCAAGAAGAAAAAGGCCUUCCCAGUGACGAUCCAUGAUAUGCAGAACAGUUGGUCCUGCAGCGGCUGCGGGGAAACGGGUUCGCUCGAUGCCACCGGAGGAGGCGCCCAAGGGGCCCAAGCUCAGGCCAAGAGACUGGAGAAACGGCUGGAGAACUACGUCGGUAGCACGGCAAAGGUGCCGCUGAAGGUGUGGGAGCAGUUCAUCCACGACGCCCUGUGGCCCCGCGGGCCCCUGCACCCCACCCACAGCCUGGUGCUGCAAGCCAAGAAGGCCAUCGUCGAACUGGACGGGGUGCUCGUCCUCAAGGCGACAUUGACUCCAGCCGAGUCGCGGCGUGUGGCCGCCUACUGCCGGGAUCUGCUGGCCGUGAGCGACGCGGUCUGCCCGGGGGUCAACUGGUUCCGCCAGCAACUCCUGCUCGUCCACGCCGGCGUCGUGGAGGGGCUGGUGGAGGCGCAGAUGGAGAGCAUGCGCACGAUGCGCCCCCCGCGUGCCCUGGAGAAACUUCUAGACGAGAUGGAGGAGAUUCACACCGAGCUCACGCGAAUCGCCGUCAGUCCCAAACACAAGAAAACGUCGCUGGGGAACUUGGAAGAGAUCGCCGCAACCCGGAACGCUUUUUCGGUUUUUAAGUAGUGAUUGUGUAUGACAGAGAGUGUCUUUUGACCGCGUGGAGGAAAGACUCCUACUUUUAAAGAGCAAAACGUUGUUGUAAAAUCUUCUUUCCCUGGGUAUUUCUGGAAGAUUGUGAGAGCAUAACGUUGUUGUAAAAUCUUCUCUCCCUGGGUAUUUCUGGAAGAUUGUGACUCUCCACUUGUUAGUGAAGACUCUGUAUAUGUGGAGAAGAAGGAAACUGGGUCUGUCUCAGUUAAAUGGUAAUUUCGGUUUCAUCCAAUUAAAUUGUAAGGUUGUGGUUCAGAAAUGGAAUAUUUAACUACGGUGUAUGAUUUAUCUAAUAUUGGCAAUUGGCAUUUGUUUUUCUGCUUAGUGGUGUCUUAGCAACUGAGACCAAUUUUACUCUUGUCGGUUUUCGGGAAUUAAACAAUUAAGCUUUAUGCAUAUGGUUCGGGUUUGCCCAGGGCUAAAACACUCACUUUGUCACUUGUGCUAAAUAAUCGUCAAUAAAAUGAA